CUUUGUUUACUGGCAUUCCUAGCUUGCAGGAAUGCUGCACUCGGUACAAACCAGUGCUCCCACUCCCAACUUCCAGACAAGCACCGCAGAUAUCGCACUAUUGCAGCAGAGCAGACUGUCUCAGUUCCAUCUCCGACCCACGAAAUAGAUAGAGUCAAUCGUGAGCACUGAAUGAAGAAGAUAAGCCUGGGCGACAUUGAUUCGUUCCUUCCAUGUCUUUCCACAUAGAUUUCCCACUACCUGCACGCGUAGGGACCAAGCGGGGAGUGAAGAGAGGGAGUGUCCACGGUGGCAGGAUCGGAGGGAGAGAGUAAGGGAGAGACGAACGCAUUUCCAGUAUGGGUAAACGGCCCUUCUCGUUUCCCCGGAAAAUUGGCCGGCGUCGUCCCAAGAAGACAAUUGAGAUGCCGCCGGUCGAUGCCGUCUCUCCCCGUGCACUCAACAACAGCAACAAUUCUGUUGCUGGCGUCUCUACGUCCGGUGCAGGAGGGUCGUCCAGUAAGGCCAAGAAGAAGACGGUUGGGGCAAGACUCUGGAUGCGUUUCGACCGGUUUGGCCAAUCUGAGCUCCUGGAGUGCGAUAAGAACACAAUCAUCAAGCGCGUUUCGAUCCCCGCCAGAGAUUUGAGAAUUCUUGGGCCUGUCUUCUCUCACUCCUCCAAUAUUCUUGCCAGGGAGAAAGCCAUGGUUAUCAAUUUAGAAUUUAUAAAAGCCAUUGUUACUGCUGAAGAAGUACUGCUGCUAGACCCAUUAUGCCAUGAAGUUAUUCCUUUUGUGGAGCAGUUAAGGCAACAACUUCCUCAUAAGAACGCAUUUAAGAUUGAAGAUACUGGUGCAAUAGAUGCACAAGAAAAACAUAUCUGUCCAACUGGUACACAAUGGUUGCCUGUUCCUGAAGCAGCUGAAGGAUUGCAGUGUGAGCUUCCAUUUGAGUUUCAAGUACUAGAGAUUGCAUUGGAGGUUAUCUGUACAUAUUUGGACAGUAAUGUGGCAGACCUUGAGAGAGAUGCUUACCCUGUUUUGGAUGAAUUAGCCAGGAAUGUCAGCACUAAGAAUCUUGAACAUGUUCGGAAUUUAAAGAGCAAUCUUACUCGUCUCCUUGCUCGUGUACAAAAGGUUAGAGAUGAAAUAGAACAUCUUUUAGAUGACAAUGAAGAUAUGGCACAACUAUAUUUAACGAGGAAGUGGGUCCAGAAUCAGCAGUCUGAAUCAUUAAGUGGAACAGCCUCAAAUGGAAUCGUCAAUUUUACACCCAAUUUGCCACACCUUAGUUCUAACAUGAGUGCAAGUUUGAAAACCAGCAACCUUUCAGAUGAUCAUGACGUGGAGGAUCUGGAAAUGUUGCUUGAGGCUUAUUUCAUGCAGCUGGAGGGCACUCGUAACAAGAUAUUAUCUGUACGAGAAUACAUUGAUGACACGGAGGACUAUGUGAACAUCCAACUUGACAACCAGAGAAAUGAACUCAUUCAGCUUCAGUUGACAUUAACCAUUGCAUCAUUCUCCAUUACUAUUGAAACCUUGAUAGCUGGGGCUUUUGGUAUGAAUAUUCCUUUCCGAUGGAGCAAAGUUGAUGGAAUUUUUGGCCCCUUUGUUGGAGGUACCUCAGCAUUGUGCUUCUUGCUUUUUCUGCUUAUGCUAGGGUAUGCAAAAUGUAAGAAGCUGCUGGGUUCUUAAUAUUACCUAGUAAUAAUCUUGUUCAUAUCUGGGAGACUGUCUUCUCUUCAACAAGUUCAUAUGUGAUGUACAUUAGCAAACUCACAUUGUAAUGAAGAUUCAAGAAAUGAAGUGUCUUGUUUAAAGAA